UUCACUCAUGGCGUUUCCGAUGAGUUUAAGACGCCGAGAGCCGUUCCGAGGAAGCCCAAUGUUUCUGCAUUUAUGGCCAUGCUCGGCCUCCCUCCCAUGCGUCUCAACCCCCUCUUGCCUUCCUCAGUAGAGAAUUCGGAGGGAUUCCAAUUCUCCGGCGAGGAGUCGUCUCCGCCAUUAAACGAAGGCGAAGUUUCUCAGUUCCAAACUCACCAUAGAAAGAAGGAAAAAUCUCAGCGAUCUGUGGAUUCGACUUUCCUUCAUUUUCCGUCGCUUUCUCGGCAUUUUCCUUCGACUUUCCGAUCGGCGAUCCUCAACGCGCAGCGGCAAUACGCAACGUGUGCUGAGGUCCAGAAGCCUUCUCAGGAAUCGGAAUCGGAAUCGGAAUUGGACGGUGAAUUUGAAAAUGAAGAAUAUGCGCCAAACGACGCCGUUUUCCUCGCCCCCAAAAUCAACUCCUUUGGCCAUUCAUUCAGGGAUUAUGACGCCGAAAGCGCAAGGCAAAAGACUGUUGAAGAACUCUACCGCUUGAACCACAUCAACCAAACAUAUGAUUUUGUAAAGAGAAUGAGAGAAGAGUACGGGAAGUUGGACAAAACAGAAAUGAGCAUAUGGGAAUGCUGUGAGCUGCUGAAUGAAGUGGUGGAUGAGAGCGAUCCAGAUUUGGAUGAGCCUCAGAUUCAGCACUUACUCCAAUCUGCUGAAGCCAUUCGAAAAGACUAUCCCAACGAAGAUUGGCUCCACUUGACUGCCCUUAUCCACGAUCUUGGAAAGGUUCUCCUUCUUCCUAUCUUUGGAGGGCUUCCUCAAUGGGCUGUUGUUGGUGAUACAUAUCCUCUUGGCUGUGCCUUUGAUAAGUCAAUUGUUCAUCACAAGUACUUCAAAGACAAUAUAGACCAGGAUAAUCCAGCUUACAACACAAAAUAUGGAAUCUAUUCUCAUGGAUGUGGACUCGACAAUGUAGUGAUCUCUUGGGGGCACGACGAUUAUAUGUACAUGGUUGCUAAAGAAAAUGGAACAACUCUACCUUCAGCCGGAUUAUUUAUCAUUAGAUAUCACUCAUUUUAUCCAAUGCAUCAGGAAGGAGCAUAUCGACACUUGAUGAACAAGGAGGAUCUUGAGAAUUUGAAGUGGCUUUCAGUUUUCAACAAUUACGACCUUUACAGCAAGAGCAAAGUUCUUGUUGACGUGGAAAAGGUCAAACCCUACUACCAAUCCCUCAUUCGAAAGUACUUCCCCUCCAAGCUUAAAUGGUGAUGAUCAUGAUCAAGACGAAGAUGAAGAUCAAGGAUUCAUGAAAUGAAAUCCAUGGUGGGUUCAUGAACCCAAGCUUGGUAUCGGACGUGUAGGAUAAGUAUUGCUAUCGUAUUUAUAGUUUGUAGUUUGUGAGCGAAUUAUAUUAUUUUGCUGUGUGUGUAAAAUUUUCAUCUAAACUUUAUUGCCUUGUGUAAUAAGAUUAAUAUAAUGCAAAUAUGUUUGAGUGAGAGUUUAUGUCACAAACACAUUCAUAUG